GUUUACCUCUGCCAGCAACGUGACUACUCUGCAAGACGUCAGAAUGGUGCAGUUCCAUUACCAAAAGCGCAAGAGGAAGGUGCAACGGUGCUGCAUUUGCUUCAUGGAAGUCCUCAGCGGAUUCCUCCUCUUGUUGCUGGUAGCGACUGUCUUCACUCUCCUGCGCUGUUUUCUAGAGUUCUCCGAUCUUACAUUAGCAAACAGUGGGAGUAAGGCAGAGCUCUUGAGGAAUUCAACCACACCUACAAAAGGCCUUGUGUUUCUCAGGACUGUUCCUCACACCUCAACCAUAAAUGAGAUCAUUUCUCAGCAGCCCACAGUACCCCUGAAGUCGGUGUCACCUCAGGCCUCAUCUCAGAGCAAGAUGGGUUCUCCUCUGUCAACCACUGAGAAGUCCAAUCCAGAGACUUCAUUGCCGCCAUUAAUUUCAGUGACGCAAAAUAGUUUGCCACAGCAGCCCACCUUAAGCACAAAACUGAGGUCCACUCAGCUGGACCUGCUCGUACAAUGGAUGGCUCCACAGCAGCUUACCUUGGCUGCAGAACCAUUGCCUCCGCCAACCAUGACUACAAAACUGGAAUCUCCUCACCAGCUAACUUCAGAUGUGAAGCCGGUGAUGCCUCAACAUAGUCCCUCACCAAUGGAGGAGUCUUCUGGACAACCAAUAACCCCAGCAACCAAGUGGCCUUCUCCUACCCAGCUAAGUUCAGCCACAAAACAGAAGUUUGUAACUCAUCCAAAUGCAACUGUGCAGCCGAUGCUGCAGCACCUAACCAGAACUGCAACCUCAGCUUCUCCUACCACAAAGCUGAGACCUCCUCAGAUCUCCUCAGCCAUGCCAUCUUCUCCACCACAGCUAACCCAAUUCACCAGUCUGCCAUCUCUACAGCAGCUGACCACAACCAUGAAAGGAACAACUUCCACCAUGAAAUCCAUUUUUUUACUUCAGUUGAUGACAAGCUACGGAAUCUCGACUUUGGAAAGUUCCAGCAGUGAGGCCACAAAGCUGGAAUAUAUGAUCAACAACACGUUUGCUAAGGGUGUGUUAAACCUGCAAUAUCGAAGGUCGCCCAUCCAGGAAUUGAAGGCUGGCCCAAAAUCCAGAACCUCAGAGCUGCCAAGUUUUCGCAGAAGCACCCAAGUGUCGAAACUGAGCCCCAGCAAUGUGACCCAGGAAAUGAAGCAUGGCUACCGAGAAACUCACAAUGAAACCGGAGUCCUGGUAGAUGCAGAGAACGUACAUAUUGAAGAUUCCAGCGGAUUCUGUUUGUUGAAACCGUCAUUGCUGUCCUUUAACGGUGUGGGUGACAAGGCAGGCACCCAGAAGGAUCACAAAAGCAACUGGGGUGGCCAAGAUUUGCAAAAGAAUGGGAAAUGGCCUUGGGCAGCCACCGUCCUGAAGGGCGGAGAUCCCAUUUGUGCAGGAAGCCUGAUUGCAGAAAACUGGGUGCUGAGCGCCAGGAACUGUGUAGAAUCUGGAAACAUCUCCUUGUACUCUGUAAAGCUCACUUCUUCAGAUGAGCUAUAUCCAGUUGCCAAGAUCACCCCUCGCUCGUCAGGUGCCCAGGAUGAUGUCGCAUUAGUCCAGCUGGCAAAACUGGCACCCAUCACAUCGACCACCCAUCCCAUUUGCCUUCCUGACCCGCUCCACGUUGUACCACCUGGGACUGGGUGCUGGGCAAUAGGAUCAAAGGAACGUGGUGCAGCUCACCCCGACAUCCUUCAGUGGACCGUGACCUUGUUGGACAGCUGCGUCCCCACCUCUUCCUUGGCCUCCACCUGUGCGCAUCCAUCCAACCUCAAAAAGGACCCUCAGCUGAGUACAGGAGGGCUUUUUGUCUGCCCAGGAGAGGACGGGCAGCUUUACCUGGAGGGAAUCUUUACAUCUUCAGUGGAAAGUCAAAGCAAAGGAAAGGAGACCAGCCAAUCAGCCACCUUUGUGCGUGUCGCCCCUUUAGUUCCAUGGAUCAGCUCUCAACUGCUCCCGAGAAAGGGCAUGGGAAUCCUCGGCCAGCUAAAGCAGGACCCUCUGGGCUCCUUGUGAUUGGAGUUUGUCGAGGACCACGUGUGUAUUCACAAAAGUAGAGUUGGAAAGGACCCCAAGUCAUCUAGCCCAACACAACUAAAGCAUCCCUGACAGAUGGCUAUCCAACCUUUGCUUAAAAACCUCCAAG